AUGCAGCACAGACAGAUGAUACUGACUGGUAACCGUAUGCAGCACAGACAGAUGAUACUGACUGGUAACCGAAUGCAGCACAGACAGAUGAUACUGACUGGUAACCGAAUGCAGCACAGACAGAUGAUACUGGCUGGUAACCGAAUGCAGCACAGACAGAUGAUACUGACUGGUAACCGUAUGCAGCACAGACAGAUGAUACUGGCUGGUAACCGAAUGCAGCACAGACAGAUGAUACUGGCUGGUAACCGAAUGCAGCACAGACAGAUGAUACGGACUGGUAACAAAAUGCAGCACAGACAGGUGACUGGUAACCAAAUGGGGUUCAGACAGACUGAUUGGUAA